AUAAAGAUGUGAAGCCCAGGUCUGUCAGAGCAGAAGCUUUUGAGUUUUGGAGGAAAGAAGAGGCGGAGAGAAGGGUCCUACAGUGGUGGUGUCUCUUCGCUUCGCUGCUGCAGAUAGAUUUCUUUGUAAUCAUAUCGGAGAUCAAAAGAAGAAAGCUUCCUGCAGCAACCAUUUAAAAUCCUCCUCAGCGCAUCAAAUGGCUCGCUCUUUCUCGAACGCUAGGCUUUUCUAUGCUCUCGUGGAUGGAGUCUCAGUUUCCGUCAACAGGCGAAGUUAUUCGACGGCGGCAGCAGCAGCAGCGUCGGUAAGAGGAGGUGGGGCGAUGGGUGGAAUGGGGAAACGAGGAGGAGGAGGAGAAGAGAGGGGAAAGAUGAAUGAAAGAACAGAGAUUUCUUCGUCGUGGGUCCCGGAUCCUGUGACCGGCUACUACAGACCGGAGAAUCGUGGUGCCGAAAUUGACGUAGCUGAGCUUCGAGAGAUGGUCCUGAACAACCGCAAGAUGAGGCAACAACACUAAAAGAAAAUAAAAGGUUCUUCAACACAUUGGAUUUGGACCUGCUUGUGAUAUUUGUCUGUCUUCUUCCCUCGAGGAAGAGUUUUUUUUUUACUUGGGUGGUUUUGUUUAAAAGCCUAACAGACAUUUCUUUCUUUCUUUCUUUCUAUCGUCUGUAGGAAUGUAAUCGCCACCGAACGAGGGGUGCUUAUUUUAUGUUUAGGAUUGUAAUUCCAACUUCUGUAGUGUUAUUGCUACCCAUAUUUCGAACCA